AUGUCACGCAAAGGAGGCUUUUCGGCCGUGAAUAUGUUGCUUUACGCGCUGGCAAUUUUCAUGUUGCCUUUGCUUGCGCCGACUCAGGCAUCUGAGGAGGUUGAAAACUACGGCCCUGUCAUUGGUAUUGAUUUGGGUACCACGUACUCGUGCGUCGGUGUGAUGCAGAGUGGUCGGGUUGAAAUUUUGGCUAACGACCAGGGUAACCGUAUCACCCCCUCAUAUGUCGCCUUCAAGGAUGGUGAGCGUCUUGUUGGCGAUGCCGCCAAGAACCAGGCCGCUUCCAACCCUCCUGGUACCGUUUUCGACAUCAAGCGUAUCAUUGGACUCAAGUUCAAGGAUAGCUCGGUGCAAAGCGAUAUCAAGCGCUUCCCCUUCAGUGUGAUCAACAAGGAUGGCAAGCCCGUUGUCGAGGUUGACUUCAAUGGGCCCCGGCAGUUUACUCCCGAGGAGAUCUCUGCCAUGGUUCUCGGUAAAAUGAAGGAGAUUGCCGAGGACUACCUUGGUCAGAAGGUCACCCACGCCGUUGUUACUGUCCCUGCUUACUUCAAUGAUGCUCAGCGUCAGGCUACUAAGGAUGCCGGUACUAUUGCUGGUUUGACUGUCCUGCGUAUUGUUAACGAGCCCACUGCCGCUGCUAUCGCUUAUGGUCUAGACCGCAAGGACGGCGAGCGUCAGAUUAUUGUCUACGAUCUCGGUGGUGGUACUUUCGAUGUUUCUUUGUUGUCUAUUGAUAACGGUGUCUUUGAGGUCUUGGCCACUGCUGGUGAUACCCACUUGGGUGGUGAGGACUUUGACUACCGAGUUGUCAACUACUUCAUCAAGAAGUACAACAAGGAGAACAACGUGGAUGUCCGCAAGAACGCCAAGUCUGUUGGUAAAUUGAAGCGCGAGGUUGAGAAGGCCAAGCGUAUUCUUUCCAGCCAAAUGUCUACUCGUAUUGAGAUCGAAUCCUUCUUUGAUGGUGAGGAUUUUAGCGAGACCCUCACUCGUGCCAAGUUCGAGGAGAUUAACGGCGAGCUUUUCAAGAAGACUCUGAAACCCGUUGAGCAGGUUCUUAAGGAUGCUGGUGUUCGCAAGAACGAGAUUGACGAUAUUGUUUUGGUCGGUGGUUCUACUCGUAUCCCCAAGGUUCAGGAGCUGUUGGAGGACUUUUUCAACAAGAAGGCUUCCAAGGGCAUCAACCCUGAUGAGGCUGUUGCUUACGGCGCUGCAGUUCAGGCAGGUGUUUUGUCUGGCCAGGAUGGUGUUGAGGAUAUCAUUUUGCUUGACGUCAACCCCUUGACUUUGGGUAUUGAGACCACCGGUGGAGUCAUGACCAAGCUCAUUAACCGCAACACUCCUAUCCCCACCAAGAAGAGUCAGAUCUUCUCUACUGCUGCUGACAACCAGCAGACUGUUCUUAUUCAGGUUUAUGAGGGUGAGCGUACUCUGUCCAAAGACAACAACUUGUUGGGCAAGUUCGAGCUUACUGGCAUUCCCCCUGCUCCUCGGGGUGUUCCUCAGAUCGAGGUCACUUUUGAGCUCGACGCUAACGGAAUCUUGAAGGUUUCUGCUGUCGAUAAGGCCACUGGUAAGUCCAACUCCAUUGUCAUUACCAACGACAAGGGUCGUCUUUCCAAGGAGGAGAUCGAGCGCAUGGUUGAGGAGGCUGAGAAGUAUGCUGAGCAGGAUAGUGAGCUCCGCAACCGCAUUGAGGCCCGUAACGGCUUGGAGAACUACGCCCACUCGUUGCGUACCCAGCUCGGUGAUAGCCUCAAGGGCCUCAGCGCCGACGAUAAGGAGGUUCUUCAGGACGCCAUCAAGGAGGCUAUCAGCUGGCUCGAUGAGUACGGUGCUGACGCCACUUCCGAAGAGCUUGAGGAGCAGAAGCAGAAGCUGUCUUCCGUUGCAUACCCCAUCACUUCUAAGCUUUACGAGGAUGCCGAGGACGGUGGCUCUUAUGGCGCUGAUGAGGAUGAUGAGUACGGCGACUGGGACGACCACGAUGAGCUCUAA